GAAGCCGUCACCAAGAUCUUAGCUCCGGCAACUUCGCGACUGAUUUAAUAACCAACCACCACCACCACCACCACCACACCCAAAUCCAAACUCAAACUCCAAAACUCUAUACAAAAAAAUCGCAACCAUGUCCGACUCAACCUCCGAGACCGUCAAGAAGGCCAUCAUCAAGCAGGUUCUCAUCGAGUCCCAGAGCGCCAAUGCGCGGACUUUGAUGGAGAAAAUCGGCGAAAACUGCUUUACCUCGUGCGUCCCCAAGCCCGGCUCCUCCCUCUCCAACAGCGAGAAGACGUGCGUGACGCAGUGCACCGAGAAGUACAUGGCGGCGUGGAACGUGGUCAACACGACUUAUCUGCGGAGGAUACAGCAGGAGAUGGGCAACCAGUAGAGGAGUAGUACCUAGGAGGCACAUGAGUUGCUUCUUGGGGUCUUGGGGGGGGAAGACGAAAAAGCAUCAUGGAGGGUG